CUGGGGGGGCGCUCUGCCCCCUGCCGGCCCGGAGAGCCGGCGGCUCUGCGCCGCCAUUGGUCCGCCCCGCCAGGGCCCGCCCCUCAGUGCGGAAGUGACGGCGGUCAGCUGACCUGCGCCGGUCACGUGACCUGCCGCUGCUCGGGUCCUGGCGGCAGAGCGGAGCGGGUUCCGGCAGCCAUGGGUCUCCUUCAAGCCGCGUUCAGCCUGGGCGUCCUCCUAGCGCUGUCCCCCAGAGAGGGGCUCUGCGCCCCGCCGGCAGCCGCGCGGGAGGCGUGGGGCUACGUGCACGCGAGGCCGGGCGCGCACAUGUUCUGGUGGCUGUACUACGCAGACAGCCCGGCGGGCCGGCCGGAGCAGCUGCCGCUGGUCAUGUGGCUGCAGGGGGGGCCUGGAGGGUCAGGAAGCGGCUUUGGCAACUUUGAGGAGAUCGGACCUUUGAACAGAGAUCUGCAGCCCAGAAAGACGAACUGGGUUCAGGCAGCCAGCGUGCUGUUUGUGGACAAUCCGGUGGGCACGGGCUUCAGCUACUCCGAGAGGCCGGAUGGCUUUGCAACCGAUGUGGCCACUGUGGCUGCAGACAUGCUGGUGGUGCUGAGGGACUUCUUCACAGAGAGGGCCGAGUUCCAGGAUCGGGACGAUAAUGAUGGCGUCCGGCAAACGGGCCGCCUCCAGCCUCAUCUGAACCGGAGCGGAGGCCUCUCCCCGAUGGAGGGCCAGCUCUUCCCCGACCACGAGCAGCUGCUGCAGUUCCUGCGGAGGCUGAAGGAGGUGUUCGACGUCUGCGACGAGGAUGCUGACGGCUUCAUCCGGGUGGAGCACCUGCUGGAUCUGGGUCUCCAGUUCGGCCAAGGAGAGGAGGUGAAGAAGCUGACACGGCAUCUGUAUCCUAAUGCUCAUGGAAAAAUCAGCUUUAAAGACUUUUGCCAUGCAGUUUUUGCCAUCAAAGGCUGUGAGGAGAUUUUAAAGAUGACUGUUGGUGCUCCCAGUCAUGCAUCCCACCAUCAGUCUGUCACAGACAAUGGCUACAUUUACCAGAGUGGUGAAACAAAGCUUGGUCCUCCCAUCAUCAUGUGCACGCAGCCUUUCCCAGAGUCCGGUGUGUUCAACCAGGGCUGUCGGGCCGCUGCCGACCAGGGCAAGAACAACACUACCCACAACCCCAACAACUCUGAGACACUGGACACGUCCCCACCAGACUGCUCGAGCCAUCUGAUGGGAUCAGCUUCUGCGUCCGUCAUCUCUGGGGAAGAGCAGUUUGAGGACUAUGGGGAACGGGUGGAUGUGGAUUUCACUCCCAGCAGCCCUUGUCCUGAAGAUGACUCCCACACAAAUGGCUUCUCAGACCUGGGCUCCUCACUUCCCUCCAGACCUAAUCUGCAGUGCCUGUCCAGGCCUAAACAGCAGCACAGCCCGAGGUUCAUUUUCAGCCUGGGGACCGUGACCCUGAGCUGCACACACAAAGGCCAGUCUGGAACACUUCCUCAUGGGGUGAAGCACAACGGGCUGCAGAGGCUCUACCGGGACAAAUAG